AUGGUCAAACUAUUGAUCUUUGGAUCGAUUUCUGAAAAGCUGAUCUCAUCCGCAUACUCCACCAAUGCUUCUGCUUGCAAGGUUUGGCAGGACCUUCAUUCCCUCUUUUAUGAAAAUGUCAAAUCAACUGCUAUGCAACUUGAAGUGGAAUUGAGGAACGUAAUCUUGGGAGAUCUAUCUAUCCAUGAAUACUGUGAGAAUGUCAAGAAUAUCAUAGACCUCCUGAAGGGACUUGGUGAAAAGGUUAAAGAUAGAAAUGUGGUUCUUCACGCCCUCAAUAGACUUCCAAGUAAAUAUGAAAAUGUUGCGGGUAUCAUACGGUUCACCAAGCCCUUCCCAACAUUCUCUGAAAUAUGGGCUAUGUUAGCUAUGGAGGAAACUCGUCUCUCUAACACUCGUGUAAUCAACCCUUCACAUGAAAAUCAUGCUUAUGAACUGUCCCUACUUCAUGUUAGGUCUUCAAGCUCAAACCGUGGGGGUGGCGGAGGAUCCUCUCAUGGAAACUUCAACAAUCGACGGGGUGGUGGUGGCAACAAUCAAACAUGA